UCCAGAGCGCUCGUCUUUGUGAUGUAGCGCGUAAAUCCAAUUUCGCAGUAGUAAAAGUGUUGAUUUUAUCUCUCUCGGUUUUAACAACUUUUUUCUCUCGAACUAAAUUACGUUUUAUCUUUUUCUUUAUAUAUAUAUACAUAUAUAUAUAUAAAAGAUUUGAGAAAAGAGAAAAAUGUGGAAAUGCGUAGUCCGUGGAAUUCGAGAAACGUUAGAGCGACGUGGUGUUUGUCGCACCAACAUAUACUCACAGUCAUCACAAGAUAACUCAAAAAAUGACGUCAAAACAAGCUUGACAUGUCGACAAAAAUUUCUUCCUCCGAUUUUUGUCUCUUGUGACAAUGGUUUUUGCGGAUCGGCCAAAAGUGCCGGAACUAAAAAAGACAAGAAGCAUAAUUCUGAAUGGAACACCAGAUAUAAUUGGUCAGAAGCAUUCAGCUGGUCUAGCGCAUUGGCAGCUGGAUGGGUUGUGUGCCAAACACUUUGCCUGCACAAGAGAAUCUUUGACAAGAACAACAAGGAAAAUUUAAAACCCAAAUGUGGAAUUUCUUUUCUCACACAAAAAUUAAAUUUACAACCCAGGAAUAUUCUGCCAGUUACCAACUGUGUUGGUAAUGAGGAUAACAAAUCCAGUUUGCAAAACUCAGAUUUAUGGAAUGUAGGAAAACCAUUCGAUCCCGUUUCUGAAAAAGCGUUUGAAGAAGUUGGUAAUGAAUUUACAAAGGUUCAUGAUGCAAUCGUAGGAGAAUAUGAAUUUCGAAGUGGUAUACAUGCUUUGAAGGAAAAACGUUAUAAGGAUGCUUUGAUGCAUUUUUCCGAGGGUGCCAAACUGUCAUCUCCUGGAAGUAUGUUCAAUUUAGGCCUAUGUUAUGAAUUAGGUAUUGGAACUUCAGUGGAUCAAAAGAAGGCUGCCAAGUAUUAUAAUGAUGCAGCGACGCACGAUCAUGCUGACGCAUUGUACAAUUUGGGAGUUUUCCAUGCUCAAGGAAGGGGUGGAUUAUCAGUCAAUAUUGAUGCCGCGCGUAUUUAUUUUACCAGAGCGGCUAAGUUAGGUCAGAAACAAGCGCAACAUGCACUUGAUUUAGAAAAAGCAAAGACUUCGUCGAAGGAAACUACCAUCUCCGUUGUACCUCAUAUCGACACUAUGCUCCUCAGAUUAGUUAAUUCUACAUUAAGUACGAAAUUCCUUGCAAAUUAUACAUUGAGCACAAGGUUUCGUACAACAUCUAAGCAAGAUCCUUGCACAAUCAAAACGCCAGAAUAUAACGAAAACACGAUCCAAGACCCGACCCAAAUGUUCUUAGAUCUUCUUGGCUUAGGGAAACCUAGUAAAUCACCCAUUACGAUAACCACCAACUGUAAGGUGCCAUGUUAAGAAGUGAAACGUAUUUUUGUUUGUAUUAACGUACGUCACUUUACUGUAAAACCCUAUCGAAAUCACGUUAUGUGGUUAAGUGAUACAACUAGUUUAAGUUUUACAUAGUAUUAUUGUUUUCAUACUAUAUGAUGCGUUUGUUUUGAUAUGAUAAUUUUACAAGAAUACACACAUGUAUUCAGCAAACCACGCAAGAAUGUCCACAUUUUUACACACAGAGAUCUUGCAUAAUUAACUAUACGUGUAAGAGCAACAUUGAUGCUGCUCAGUUUAUAAUAUAUGUGUGUAUGUGUAAGAUUCUGCUUUAACUUGAAGCACUUUUAUCUACAAGUACGCGUAACAUGACUUUCAUUAAUAUCACACGAUUCAAUUAUAUCCAGAAACAAAUGCAUACAUAUUAUUUCAUACGUAUGCGCAAAUCUUAAAAACUCUCCUCUCCGUUGCAUAAUUGUUUUGUUUUUCUUUUUGUUAAGGUUGUGAACAUAAUUUUAUUUUUAUGUGCUGCGUUACGUUGAUAAGCGUAUCGAUGAUUUCAAUAUGAAUUUUACGACUAUGUUAUGUAUACAUCUACUUACUUGACUCAUAGUUGAGUUGGAACAUAGCUGUGAUGCAUGCUUGAAACAAAAAAAAAUUUAUACACGAAGAUACACCUGAUAUUAAAGUGAGAUUUGAACAUCGCAAAUUUUAUGUACUCUCGCUUAUAAACUUUCAUAUCCGAAAAUGUAUCGAUUAUGAUACAAAG